UCAUAUUGUGUGGUAAAGGAGGGAUAUCAAUGGCGACUAUGGGGAUGCAACAGCUUCAAAUUGUUUCAAGUGAAACCAUUAAACCUUAUUCUCCAACUCCUCCGAAUCUCAACAUUCAUACCCUCUCCCUCUUUGAUCAGCUCGCCCCCCACAUGUUCGUGCCUCUCGUGUUCUUCUUCUCCCGCCACGGUCCCGAUUUGGGUAUCAACGGUCACGAUGUCGAUAGAUCCAAAUUACUCCGACGAUCUCUUUCUAUGACUUUGUCUCGGUACUACCCUUUUGCGGGUAGGAUCAAAGACAAUGUCUCGGUCGACAGUAACGACGAGGGAGUGAGUUUUGUGGAGGCUCAAGUCGAGGGCGUGACGGUGUCGGAGAUUUUGGAAAAGCCUAGGAGUGAGAUUGUUGAGAUGUUGUUUGUUGAUGGGUUGCAAUGGAAAGAGUCAAAAGUGGGAGCUUUGUUGAAGGUUCAAAUAACGUUGUUUGAAUGUGGAGGAUUGAGCAUUGGAGUGCUGCUGUCUCACAAGCUUGGGGAUUUGGCGACGUUGGUGAAGUUCGUACAAGAUUGGGCUGUGAUUACUCGAAACGGCGGUUUUGGUGAAGAAAUUGUAAACCCGCUUUUUUAUUCCGCGGAUUUGUUCCCUCAUGGCGACUUACCCGCCAUGUCCGGUGCCGUGAUUGAAGAAGGAAAUUUCACGUGCAAAAGGUUCUUGUUCGAAGGUUCAAAGAUUGAAUCCCUCAAAAACAGGGUUUCAGAGAAGAUGGAGAAUCCAUCUCGAGUUGAAGUUGUGUCAGCAUUAAUCUACAAAGCCAUCAUUGCAGCAACGCGAAAUUCCCAAAACCACCCUACACUAUUAUUACAAACACUAAAUUUACGUAAAAGGGUGGCGCCGCCGCUGCCGGAAAGUUUAGUCGGAAGUUUAGUGUCAUUCUUCCCCGUGGGUGUGGCCGGAGAAACAGAAGUAAUAGAGCUACACGAGCUGGUGGGUAUAAUGAGAAAAGAAAUGGGAGAAUUUUGCAACAAAUACGCCAAAAAAUACAGAACAAAAGAAUGGCAUGAUUUGAUAAAAAAACGUUUAAAUGAAUCGAGAGAAAUUUUGAGCAAAAAUGGGAAUAAUCAAUUGAUUUAUAGAUUUAGCAGUGGGUGCAAUUUUCCAAUUUAUGAAGUGGAUUUUGGGUGGGGAGCGGCGGGUUGGGUUACUAUGGCGGCGUUUAAGAUGAAAAAUACUGUAAUGAUGUUGGAUGCUAAAAAUGGCGGUGGAAUUGAAGCUUUGGUCAGUUUACAAGACAAGGAAAUGACUGCUUUUCAGCACAAUGAGGAGAUUCUUGCUUUUGCUUCGUUCAACCCAAGUGCCAAUUAAUUGUAUAUAAACUGGAGUUCAAGUAUGGGAGAAGAAAAAAACCAAUGUUGUCUCAAUAAAUGUUGUUUGCUUAUUGUCUUUGGUUGGUUUGGUGGUCGAACUUGUUUGUGUUUGAAGGAUUGUUGUAAUGUAACAAGAUCGAAAAAAAUAUACUUUUACCAAUUCAUAAUAAA